GUAUGAAGUUAAAUUUAAAUAUGAGUCACUCAUAAAUAUUGAGUCAACUAGACUUUUUAAUGUUGAUCAUAACCGUUGGAAAGUUACUCAGCUUGAUGAGGAUAUUGAUACGUUGAACUUUUUUUCAACUUUAUUUAAUGAAGGGUUUAAUCCUAGCGGUCAAACAAAAAAGGCUUUGUUUUUUGAAGUUUGCCCUGUAAAUCGUACAGAAGAUCAUCCUAUAAAAAAACCUCUUCCUUUAAUCGUUUAUGGUGAUAAUAAGGAAAGCGAAAUCCAAAUAUAUGCUCAUUUUAUGCUUCAUGAUUUUGAUCAUUUCACUGCUUAUGAAAUGGCUAGGUUUGAUGACUAUCCUAAUAGAGACAAAGAAGAAGACGCUCUAUUUGAUAUCUUGGGUCCUGAUAAUUGCAUUCGAAUUCCAAAAUACAUGGCUUCUUCUGCUGAAAUCUUGCCUCCUUAUAAUAAAAUUAAAGAUAUUGAUCUUUUUGAAAGUAUUGGUGAAGGAAGUGUAGGUCAAAAACGUGAUUUGAUAUCAGAAGCUAAAAACGCAUCAAAAAGACGUAAAACGAUGUCUAGACAAAAUAGUACGCGUCUUCAGUUUCCCUCCCUCUUUCCAACUGAACCGUCACAAAUGACUACAACUGAUAGCAAAAUAAAUCCAAGCCAGGUGACUGAUGAAAGUCAUAGAUCCAUAAAGUCACUACCAUCAAAACAAAGAUCCUCUUCAAAAGUGCACCCUUCUUCAUCCCAAGAUUCAUGUCCUACUUCUUUACUAUCAUCAAAAUAUAUACCCCCACAUGAAGCAAAACAUCCAUCUCCUUCUUCAGCGACAGUAGCAGAAGUAUCUUCCAUAGAACCACUAUUGUCCUCUGUAAAUGAACCAGAAGAAAAAAAUAAUUGUUUGCCAAUUACUCGAGAAAUUUAUAAUGAAAGAAAGAAUCUUAUCAUUAAAAUGAUCAAGGAAGAGAUGAUUAAGCAGGGCAAAGUAAUAAUAAAAGAAAAUGAACCAUUUUUUCAACAAGUAUAUGUCAGCAUGCGCUAUAAUUAUAUGAAAGUAAUGAAUGCUGACAAAGACAUGGACCUGAAAUGGCUACAGAUCGUUAUAAAAAUGCAUAUCGAUUUUUUCCUACAAAUGGAAAAAAUCGUAGAUGCCCUUCUUUAAAUAAAAGUAGAAGGGCAGUAUUAUGAAUUGAGACAUAAUGUAGGAACAGUCAAUAGUUGAGAAAAGGUUAGUUGGGAGCUAUAGCAAAUAUCUCAUGUUGUUCCUUGUUAUUUAGAAAGCUGCAACUGCAAUAAUUAAAGUAGAAUUGAAUUAAUAAAUACCAGUACUUCAAUAUCCUUGAUCUCUAUGUUGUUGAGAGAAAAGGGUAGAAUUCCCCAGUUACUCUGUUCAAGGAUCCUUUUGUCUUUGUAAAAAUUUGAAGGUAGGGCUGGUUUUUUUUUUGUACUGUUAUUUUUAUUUAAAAUGCCCAAGUUAAUAACAAUUUACAUGUCAAGACAUCAUUCCCUUUUAUAUUCACUUUUUUUUUUUUUUUUUUGUUU